AUGCUGCGCUUCCUGAAGGGAAUGGCUUUCCUCCCCUUCCUCUUGGUGACCUGGUCGUCAGCCGCCUUCAUUAUCUCCUACGUGGUCGCCGUGCUCUCCAGGCACGUCAAUCCCUUCCUCCCCUACAUCAGUGAUACAGGAGCAACACCUCCAGAGAGUGGUAUUUUUGGAUUUAUGAUAACCUUCUCUGCAUUUCUUGGCGCAGCCACGAUAUAUACAAGAUAUAAAAUAAUAGAGAAGCAAAAUCAAACCUGCUAUUUCAGCACUCCUGUUUUUAACUUGGUGUCUUUAGUGCUUGGAUUGGUGGGAUGUUUCGGAAUGGGCAUUGUCGCCAGUUUUCAGGAGUUAGCUGUGCCAGUGGUUCAUGACGGGGGCGCACUUUUGGCCUUUGUCUUUGGUGUCCUGUACACGCUCCUACAAUCUAUAAUCUCCUAUAAAUCGUGUCCCCAGUGGAACAGCCUCUCGACAUGCCGCAUACGGAUGUUCAUCUCUGCCGUGGCUUGCGCAGCUGUCAUCCCCAUGAUUGUCUGUGCUUCACUAAUUUCCAUAACCAAGCUGGAGUGGAAUCCAAGAGAUAAGGAUUAUAUAUAUCACAUAGUGAGUGCGAUAUGUGAAUGGACAGUGGCCUUUGGCUUUAUUUUCUACUUCCUAACUUUCAUCAAAGAUUUCCAGAGUAUCACCCUAAGGAUAUCCGCAGAAACCAAUGGUGAUGUUUGA